AUGUCUCGGAAAAGAAACCUCCCGCAAUGCAAUCCUCCUAAGAAGCACGCCCUCUCGCGCUCCUCAAGAGCAGAGCUGCAAUUCCCGGUGAGCCGCGUGGACCGCUACCUGCGAGAGGGUCGCUAUGCGGAGCGCCUGAGCUCGCACACCCCUGUGUUCCUGGCCGGCGUCCUCGAGUACCUGACGGCCAACAUCCUGGAGCUGGCGGCCACAGAGGCCCGCAGCAGCCGCAAGAUGCGCAUCGCCCCCGAGCACGUGCAGAGGGCCAGGAGCCACAACGAGACCCUCAGCAGCCUCUUCCAGGCCAGCAGCGUCUCCCGGGGGGCUGAGGAGGGGGCCGAGGAGCCCCUGCCCGAGGCCGGGCGGUGA